AUGUUAUCCCAAGGCAUUUCCAUGGACUUUGCCACUGGUGCGCCCGGCUGGCUUGUCCUGGACACCGUGUGUUCGGCAAUCCUGCUGGUCGAGGUCAUUGUCAAGCUUUAUGUUCUUCAGCCGCGUGUGUACUUCUGCGGUCCUCUUGGAAGAUGGAACGUGUUCGAUAUGGCCUUGUCUGGUACGGCCGUGGUGGAGACAGUGAUGAGCCUCGCAGCAGGUAGCGGAGGCGCUCAGAGUCGGCUUGCUAUGAUGCUUCGCGGUCUUCGCAUCGCAAGGCUGGCGCGCUUGGCGAAGCUGGUUCGCAUGCCUCUCUUGCAGGAGCUGGCCACCAUCGUGUCAGGCUUCUUUAUCAGUCUGCGACCACUGUUCUGGGUGCUGCUCACUCUCUUCAUGGUGGUUUACUUCAUGGCGGUGGUCCUCCGAACCACGCUGAAGGGGUUCACUGCAGAAAGCUGCCCUGGUGAUCCAGACCUUUCGGAGGAUCUGGACCCGGAGCAAUGCCCCUUCCACUUGGUGCAAGGCCAAGUCUAUUGUGGCGAUGUCCUGGGGUGUAUGUUUUCGGUCUUCCGGUGCAUCCUGGGCGACUGCACCACCAAGCCAGGUCAGAGUCUGGUCAUGGUCUUCAGCGAUGGCUUUGGGCUCGGCUUUGAUCUAAUCUAUGCCUUCGGCAUGGUUGUGGUGACUUUUGGCCUCUUCAACAUCAUCACAGCCAUUUUCGUGGAAGCCACCCUGAGAGGUCUCAAGGCAAGCGAUCGGCAGCAAAAAUUUACACGGGACCAUCAGUCUGGCUGGAUGACGCAGCAGCUGGCCAAUUUCGUGGAGCUGGCAACGCAAGAG